GAGUCUCAUCUCUAAAGCCAGAACUCACACAAACUGAACCUGAACACAGACAUGGAAUCUUACAGGACUUUAACCGUACCGCUUCUCAGUUUGUUGGGAUUGACGCUGAUCUCCGCCUUUAAUCUGGACACAGUGAACGUCAUCAGGAAAACGGGAGAUGCCAACAGCUUGUUUGGGUUCUCCAUGGCCAUGCACCGACAACUCAGACCAGCUGAUAAAAGAAUGUUGCUUGUUGGUUCCCCAAAGGCAAAAGCAUUGCCCAAUCAGAGGUCAAAAAUUACAGGAGGCUUGUACAACUGUGACAUAAACAUUCCUGGUCAGUCAUGCCAGCGAGUAAUGUUUGACAAUGAAGAAAACCUGCAGACUGAAAAUAAAGAGAACCAGUGGAUGGGAGUUACUGUACAGAGCCAGGGUCCUGGUGGAAAGAUAUUGGUCUGUGCACAUCGAUACCAGCGGCGCUUAUUUGUUGGCUCAGUUCAGGAACUGCGUGACUUGACAGGUCGGUGCUAUGUACUUAGUGAGGAUGUGACGAUUAAUGAGAUCUCAGAUGAAGAUGGAGGGGAUUGGAUGUUCUGCAAUGGGAGAAACAGAGGGCACGAGCGGUUUGGAUCAUGCCAGCAGGGCAUGUCCGCCACAUUCACAAAGGACUAUCACUAUCUGGUGUUUGGAGCACCAGGCGCUUACAACUGGAAAGGAAUUGUGCGGUUGGAGCAGAAGAACACCUCUCUGUUUGAUAAGGAUAUCUUUGAUGACGGCCCAUAUGAAGUUGGAGAUGAAAACCGACUUGAUGCAGAACUGGUCCCUGUUCCUGCUAACAGUUAUUUAGGUUUCUCUUUGGAUUCUGGAAAAAUGCUGACUAAGAGAGGUCAGUUGACCAUAGUUGCUGGGGCUCCAAGAGCCAAUCACAGUGGGGCAGUUGUGCUUUUAAAGAAGGAUGAGGCUAAAUCCUCCUUGUUGACGGCUGAGUACACCCUAGAGGGUAGUGGACUUGCCUCUUCCUUUGGUUAUGACCUUGCAGUGCUUGACAUCAAUGGAGAUGGGUGGCAAGACAUUGUAGUUGGAGCACCUCAGUACUUCAUUAAAGAUGGUGAUAUUGGUGGAGCAAUCUAUGUUUACCUUAACGAGGAAGGAGCUUGGGACAAGAUUACUCCAAAGAGAAUUGAUGGACCUGCUUAUUCCAUGUUUGGUUUGGCUGUGGAAAACAUGGGAGAUGUGAAUCUGGAUGGAUAUCAAGAUGUUGCUGUUAGCGCCCCAUAUGACAGCAAUGGAGCUGGAAACGUGAUUAUCUUCCACGGUUCACCACAAGGACUGAAAAAAUCCCAGGUUCUUGGAGGAAAAGAUCACAAUGUGAAACUCUUUGGAUACUCUCUUGCUGGGAACAUGGAUCUGGACAGAAAUAAUUACCCUGAUCUGGCCAUUGGAUCUCUUUCUGAUUCAGUGUUUGUGUACAGGUCGCGUUCCGUUAUCAAUAUUGAAAAGACUGUCACCACCACACCGAAAGAGCUAGACCUCACUAAGAAAAACUGCAACAAUGGAAACAAUAUAUGCCUUGAUGUGAAAGCCUGCUUCAAAUUUUCUGUCAAACCCAAAACCUACAAUCCAACUCUGAAGGUGGCAUACACCAUCAGGGUUGAAUCUGAAAGGAAAAAACUAAAUCUUCCUUCUAGAGUCAUUUUUAAUCCACGCUCAAACAAUGAUUAUGAAAGCACUGGGAUUGUGGAGCUCAAGGGUCAAGGCACAGAAAGCUGCAUCUACAGAAAUCUCAUGCUGCAGGAAACCCUAAAAGACAAACUGAGAGGCAUUCCUAUUGAAGUGUCUGUGGAGAUCCUGAAUCAAAACAAACGCAGGAGAAGACAGGCUGCUCUCCCUAACCUUCUUCCCAUCCUGGACUCGAACCAAGAAGCCACCACUGUGGCCAUGGUUCAAUUUAUCAAGGAAGGAUGCGGUGCUGACCAUCUGUGCCAAAGUGACCUGCAGCUACAGUAUAAAUUCCACACCAGGGAACCAAACAAAGACAACUUCUUUCCCUUUGACGAAGAAAAAGGAGUUCCUAUCCUGUCUCUUAGCGAUCAGAAGGAAAUUGCCCUGGAGAUUAAAGCAGUCAACCUGGGCGAAGAUGCUUAUGAAACACAGUUGACUGCCUCAUUCCCCAAAUCCCUCUCUUAUUCUGCUGUUCGCACUCAGUCUGGUGAUAAACAGAUCAGCUGUUUAGUCAAUCAGAAUGGCUCACAAGCAGAUUGUGACCUUGGAAAUCCAUUCAAAAAGGAUGCUGAGACAACAUUUUACAUUAUUUUGAGCACGGGAGGAAUUUCUUUGGAUACCACUGAAAUUGAAAUCGACCUUAAACUCAAAACGACAAGUGAACAGAAGCAAUUGCAAGCAGUCAAAGCCAAAGCCAUUGUUAAGAUCCAGCUGCUGUUGUCCCUCUCAGGGGUAGCCAAGCCAUCUCAGGUCUUCUUUACUGGAGAGGUUAAAGGAGAGAGUGCCAUGAAGAUGGCAGGUGAUGUCGGAAGUCCAAUUGACUAUGAAUUCAGGGUUACAAACUUGGGCAAACCCCUGAAGUCUUUCGGCAGGGCGUCUAUGAUCAUCCAAUGGCCAAAGCAUAACUCUCAAGGCAAAUGGCUGCUGUAUCUUAUGAAGAUGACAUCAACCGGCUUAGACAGCUUGAGCUGCACCAACUCAGAUGAGGUCAACAAACUCGGUUUAAAGGAGCUUUCAGUGUCAAGAACUAAACGUGAAGUUGGGGAAACUUCAGCAGCAGAGGGAAAAACCGCCUUUUUUACAGAUAAAAGGAAAUACACACUUUUGUCAUGUGAUGAUGGUGCGGAGUGUAUAACUUUCAUAUGUCCUCUCACGGGAAUGGACAGCAAUGCUGUUAUUAGUCUGCGUGCUUACCUUUGGAAUGCCACUUUCCUGGAGGAUUAUGCAAAAUUGAACUACGUUGAUAUUAUUGCCAAAGCAUCACUUGAUUUCAAGACCACAGCUACAAAUAUACAGCUGAAGAAUGAGCCAUCUCAGGUACGCGUUACUGUAUUUCCAGAACGCAAAGUAGCACAGUACGGCGGUAUGCCCUGGUGGGUUAUACUGGUGGCCAUUUUACUUGGACUCCUCUUGCUGGGCUUACUGGUCUUCCUGCUUUGGAAGUGUGGAUUUUUCAAACGUUCUAAGUAUGAUGACAGCGUGCCCAGUUAUAAUGCUGUGCGGAUAAAGAGAGAAGAGAGGGACAAUCUGUCAGGCAAAGACGAAAUGGAUUCUUCAGAGAAGAAACAAUGGAUGACUUCUUGGAAUGAAAAUGAGAGCUACUCAUAGCUAAAUGCUAACCUAUUUGAAAGCAAACCCAAGACUCCCUUGCUGAGGUUUUAAUGCUUACUUUUGCACACACUCAACUCUUUUUUUCUGUUAUUAUUCCAUCAAAUUGCAAAAGGAAACAUUAGAGCUUUUACUUCGAUGUAUUGAGUUUCAAAGAUUGUAUUUUAAAAGUGUGUCUAAAAGACACGAUGAACGAGGAUUUAAAAAGAUUACUUGAGUUUCAAGAGAAUUUGCUUUCAUGUUCCGCCCCAUUUCAAUUUGCUUCUCAUUCAUACAUGUGUAUAUACAUCUAAUGUAUUUAUUCUCAGCAGAUAUUUCUGUUGAACAAAGGCCAAAGAUUUUACAUUUUUGUUUUGUUUUAUGAAAGACUUUGUGUGCGUCAAGACUGCUUGGUUUAUACUUUUUUGAUAUCUAGCAAGAAAAAAAACUGCCUGGAUGUAUGUAAAUAAUUUUGUCGUUUGAUUUUUUAAAAAAUAUUUGUGUUGCCUAAUUGUUUAAACCAAUCAGGUACAUUUCAUUUCAUAGGUUUUUCACUGUACUUAAACUACUUCAACUGGGACAGAUUUUAAUGAGGAACUACUUUGUAAUUAUCAGAUAUUUGGUUUAAUAUCAUUUGACCACUAUCCUUAAUCAGUUCAGCUUUUAGGUGUUUCUUUUAUUUUUUGAAGGUCAUUUGAAAAUGUCUUUGUAUAAAUGUGAAGUUCCUUUUAUUUUUGAAAACAGCACCUUUUGGCAGUGCAAAUGCUUUUAUGACAAAACGUUCAUUCUUUUGUUUGUAAAGUGACACUGAAUUGGACAGCGGUGAUUACAAAUGUUUUUACAAUUUAAAAAAUGUAUUAACUCACAUGAAAUACACUGAAGUAAAGAAAUAGAUUAUUAAAGAUUAUUUUCAUUUUUGAAAUAAACAUUUUGCUGGCCC